UUUUCCCGGAACCGGAAGUACCCAUUCAGGUGGUUGUGAGACAGCUCUAGCUACACCCUCCUCGAUCUGGGGGUCUGGUCCCGGUCUGGUCCUCAGAGCAGUCGUCGUCCUCGACUCACAGCUCUAUAGCCCGUGCUGGGUCUGUGUGGUGGAGGGUUGGGUUGGUGUGUUUACCUUCCUCAACUUGUGUAGCUUCUAUCAUGGCGGCCGCGGAUCCCCGCUCCUCGAGUGACGGCGGGCCGGCCAGCAGAGGAGGAUUCCCGGCCGGGGAUAGCAGCAACGACCGCGACGGGCCGGGCGGUGGAGGCAGCGGGGAAGGCGAGCGGGACCGGGCGACGUUCGAGUGCAACAUAUGUUUGGACACUGCCAGGGACGCUGUCAUCAGUAUGUGCGGACACUUGUUCUGCUGGCCCUGUCUUCAUCAAUGGUUGGAGACCCGGCCCAGCAGGCAGCAGUGUCCUGUGUGUAAAGCAGGAAUCAGCAGAGAGAAAGUCAUCCCACUGUACGGACGAGGGAGCUCCAGCAAAGAGGACCCCAGGUUGAAAACUCCCCCUCGGCCUCAGGGACAGAGAACAGAGCCAGAGAGUAGAGGAGGGAUGUUUCAAGGCUUCGGGGACACCGGCUUUCACAUGUCUUUUGGCAUCGGUGCUUUCCCGUUUGGCUUCUUCACCACAGUCUUCAACACCAACGACCCCUUUCACAGAGCAGACCAAUAUCCGGGUGAACACCAAGGCAACGGCAACCUCAACAACGGCAACCUCAACAAUGGCAAUAACAACUGGCAAGACUCCCUCUUCCUGUUUGUGGCUAUCUUCCUCUUCUUCUGGCUGCUGAGUGUGUGAUGGCGACCGGAUGAAAGACAAAAGGACAAACUCACUCACUUAACUCGAGCCACACACACACACACACACACACGCACACGCACACACACACAUAUAUUUCUACAUUUCCUAACAGGUACUAACAUCGGAGAGGAAGCAGGGAGAGUCUCUAAACAAGGUGGUUUUCUCCAUCUGGCAAAGGCAGAUUUAGUCAAGCCCCGCCCACCUGCUUUGAUGAUUUUGUUUAUGCAAGAAACACUCACAAGAAAGUAGUGUCAGGCGAAUCCCAAAGUAAAAAGACGAUUGAGAUAAAGAGACAGUAUUAUGAGAUGAAGGUGGGCUUUGGAGAGAUUUGUUUUUGUGUUGAGAUGCAGAAAAACAGGUGGGUGGUUCAAAAUGUUGGGGCAAAUCUGUUUUCACAUUCCUCUUGAAGGAGUCACUGACUUAUUCUUUAAUAUAGAGGAAGAAGAUUGUGGAAAGUUCUAAAAGGCCAAAGAGUAGCUGAUCAGUCACUAAUGAAUCAAGGGGGGGGUUGAAAAAACUAAUGACAGUUUACAGUUUCCUUGUGAAAUGAGCAAGUACUCUAAGAAUUUGCAACAUAACUCUUGACAGCAGUAACAGCACACAUGGAUGCAUUUUUUAUAUACAUUUGUCUUAACAAAAAACUACCAUUGCACUGUGAAGUCAUUUAUAGACGGAUCUACCCUAAAGAUUGGAGCGUGAGCUUGUGUUGAGCCACUUUUUUGCAUCUUUUUUGUUGUUGUUGCUGUACAAACACGGCCAGUUUGGGAGAUUUUCAUAUCAACAUAAGCGACUUGACUUGAGAUAGAAGAAAAAAAGCAAUCCGUCACAGACAGAGAAAAGUUCUGGCUUGCUAAGUAGCUCAUAGAUGCUACAAGUGCAUCAAGACUUAAAGUAGAGCUGAUGCAGUGAAACUAGGGAGGAGAGUCAGUUAACCAAGGAGGUGAAAAGGCCUGCACACUAAGAAGGUUCAAUGAACUUUGUCACAGUUGAUUUUUUUUUCCUGUCUGUUUGUGUCUGAGUGAGUGUGUAUACAUUAUAUAUUUGUACAUAUGAAUAUUGUAAAUGCUGUUUUUAUGUGUUUUCUGAGUGGACGAACAACCACGGUGAGCAAGAGAGGUCAAGAAGUGCGAGUAGCUUCAAGAUGCUUUUGUAAAGCGAGAUCUGCUUCCUGGUUUUCAUGAAUUCCUUCCUUAAACUCAAGAAAAUCUUGCAGCCCAUGUUAAUAACUCUCCUGCCAACCCUCUCCUGUUAAGUUAAAUAAAUGUUAUGAGAGACGAAAA